AUGUUUUUACUGGGUAAUAAAUUUUAUAUUAUUUUUAUAUCAUUAUGGAUUUUUGGACUUUAUGCUAUAUUUACAACAUUUCAUUCAACACCGACAAAUAAUGAUAAAGCAUUAGAAGAUCGAAUUGAAUAUUUACAAAGUGAAGUUGAAUCACUUCAACAGAAACUUUCUCAAUUACAAUCAGGAAAUAAUAUUAAUGUUAAAGCACAAGUAGAAAAUGAUAAUGUUCAAUGUCAAGAAUUACGAGAAGAAUUGAAACGUGUUAAACGUAAAUUAGCUUCGAAAACGAAUUGCCGUACUGGUUCUCAAAAUGGACCUGCAUUAGAAUAUGAACAAUUACGACGAAAAAUUGAAACUCAAACGCGUGAAUUAUCUUAUUUUACAAUUGAUCAGUUAUAUAAAAUUAAUGAAAAGCUAUCUGAUGAUGAUAAAGCCAAAUGGUCAAAAGUUAUUGCACGAUUUUCUGAUCAAAAUAGAGUUCUCUUGGCAUCAAUUCGAAAUUUAACUGAAGUUGAUGGUUAUCAAUCAUGGCGUGAACAAGAACAUGAAAGUCUUUCAAAACUAAUGCAAGCACGUUUAAACUCAUUACAAAAUCCAUCGAAACCAUGUGGCGAAGUUCAACGUGUUUCAUGUAAUAUAAAUAAAGGUUGUGGUUAUGGAUGUGAAAUUCAUCAUGCUAUGCAUUGUUUUCAUAUUGCUUAUGCACUUGGUCGACCAAUGAUUCUUUUUUCUGAUGGAUGGCGAUAUAAUCCAGGAGGAUUUGAUCAAAUCUUUCAAACACUAAGCAGAAAUUGUACAACAGCAUUAGCUGCAGGUGGAGCAGCUUGGGGUCGUUAUGAAACAGCGGAUGUUGUAGAAAUUCCACUAAUUGAUAAUAUACAUCCGAAAAAAGAUUUUAUGCCAAUGGCUAUUCCAGAAGAUAUAUCUGAACGACUUAUUCGUUUACAUGGAAAUCCAUUUGUUUGGUUUACUGGACAAUUAAUGAAAUAUUUAUUAAGACCGCAACCAUGGCUAACUGAACUUCUAGAGAAAAAAUAUGCCGAUAUUAAAUUUGAAACACCUAUUGUUGGAAUUCAUGUACGACGAACAGAUAAAGUUGGAAGUGAAGCAGCUUUUCAUGAUGUAUCUGAAUAUAUGAAAUAUGUAGAAGAUUAUUAUAUUAUUUAUCAAUAUCAAAAUCCAAAUUUAAAGUUUAAAAAACGUGUUUAUUUAGCAACCGAUGAACCAUCUGUAUUUAAGGAUGCUCGUGCUAAAUAUGCAGAUUAUAUAUUCUAUGGUGAUACUGCUGUAGCACAAUCAGCUCAAUUAAAUUCAAGAUAUGGAACAGAAUCUUUGAAAGGUGUCCUGUUAGACAUUCAUUUUCUUUCGCUAACUGAUUAUUUAGUUUGCACAUUUUCUUCUCAGAUUUGUCGUGUUGCUUAUGAAGUAAUGCAACAACGAGUCGUUGAUGGUGCAUGGCGUGUACAACCACUUGAUGAUGUAUAUUAUUUUGGUGGUCAAAAUGCUCAUAAUCAACGUGUAUUCAUGUCUAAUAAAGCAAAUUGGCCAAAUGAAUUUAAUUUUGAACGUGGUGAUAUUAUUGGUACUGAAGGAAAUCAUUGGGAUGGAUUUUCAAAAGGUUCCGAUAAGACUAGUGGACAAACAGGUCUCUAUCCAUCAUACAAAACCGAAGAAAUAGUUAAUAUUGCAACGAUGUAUACUUAUCCUGAAGUUAAAAUCAAAACUGAUGAAUUAUAA